GUGAACAUUGUUUUUUAAACAUGUUUCAGUGGGGAAAGCUAGCUGACAAGUUUGGGCGAAGACCAACGCUCCUGGCUGGGAGUAUGACGGCCAUGUUGACAUUUCUGAUGUUUGGCUUCAGUUUUUCGUUCGCCUGGGCAGUGUUCGCCCUGUUCCUCGGUGGACUUCUUCGUGGCAACCUCGGAAUCGUUAAGACCUACCUUUACGAGGUGUGCCCUGAGAAGAUGCACUCUGUAGCGUUUGCUGUAGUGUCUGUUGCUAGCGGUCUGGCUUAUGUUGUGGGUCCAACAGUAGGUGGCUUCUUGUCCUGCCCUGCCACCAGGUUUUCAUCCCUUGAUACAUCUAUCUUCAGGCGCUUCCCGUACCUUCUGCCCUGCAUCACAUCCAUGCUGGUGGCCUGCGUAGGGCUACUAGUUGGAUUUUUGUUCUUGGAGGAGACCAAAGGGCGCGGCCGCAAGGGGGACCAGAUAACUACCGCGGAAGAGAUUAAUCUAAGGCAGGUUUCAGGAUAGUCUCUUUCCAAAUCAUUAUUGAUUUGCCCUACAAGUACUUUCGUAGAUUUGACUAUGGAUGCGAGGUCUACAAAAGACUGGAUAAUAAACAUGUCACAACCAGCCUCCGAAACGUAAGCAGUCUAGUCCACGCGUCGUCGAAUCUGCGAAAUAGCCUAUCGCCGCUAUAUCAUGCCAAUGAUAAGAUAUGUAAUAUUCUCAUUUCUUUGCUUUUCUCCACACGGACAAUUUUCCAAUCCAUUGGUGAGAUAAUGUCCUAAUUCAUACGGUCUAGGGUAAGCGAAAACACGACCGUAACCUCGUGAUUAUGAGAGUCUUAAGCUAUUUUCUACCCAUUUGGAGUAAUUAGGCAUGAGCCUCUAUACGCAUGUUAUAUUUAUCAUAUAUGUGAUGCGCUAGUUUCAGUUCAUUUUUGUGCUGAUGAGAAAAUGUUUGUUGAAAAGAAGCAUUUAACAUAUGGCUGGUUCUAUUUCCUCGUCUAUGGUGCACAUUCAGAUCGACCGAUUGAGAAAUCUUCUGUGCAUGUUGAGUCUACGUAAACCUGUUGUACCUGGUUACCUGACAGACUAACAACAAAAAACUGCCGACCCUAGCCAUUUUUAG